UGGACGACUGUGCAAGUGCGAGAGCAUCAUGGUAGCAUUCAAAGGAGUCUGGACUCAGCCCUUCUGGAAAGCCGUUUCAGCAGAAUUUUUGGCCAUGUUGAUUUUUGUCCUCCUCAGCCUCGGCUCUACAAUCAACUGGGGUGGAUCAGAGAAGCCACUGCCCGUAGACAUGGUCCUUAUCUCUCUCUGCUUUGGACUCAGCAUUGCAACCAUGGUGCAGUGCUUUGGACACAUCAGCGGUGGCCACAUCAACCCUGCUGUGACCGUAGCCAUGGUCUGCACAAGAAAGAUCAGCCUCGCCAAGUCGGUCUUCUACAUUCUUGCCCAGUGCCUGGGAGCCAUCGUGGGAGCUGGCAUCCUCUACCUCAUCACACCACCGAGUGUGGUGGGAGGCCUGGGAGUCACUGCGGUACAUGGGGAUCUUUCCGCUGGCCAUGGACUCCUGGUGGAGCUGAUAAUUACAUUCCAGCUGGUUUUUACUAUUUUUGCCAGCUGUGAUUCAAAACGAAGUGAUGUCACUGGUUCAGUAGCUUUAGCAAUUGGAUUUUCUGUUGCAAUUGGACAUUUAUUUGCUAUCAAUUACACUGGUGCCAGUAUGAACCCUGCUCGCUCAUUUGGACCUGCUGUCAUCAUGGGAAAAUGGGAAAACCAAUGGGUUUAUUGGGUGGGACCAAUAAUAGGAGCAGUCCUUGCUGGUGCUCUUUAUGAAUAUGUCUAUUGCCCAGAUGUGGAGCUCAAGCGCCGUUUUAAAGAUGUCUUCAGUAAAGCUGCCCAGCCAUCCAAAGGGAAAUACAUAGAAGUGGAUGACACCAGGAGCCAUGUAGAGUCCGACGACCUGAUCUUGAAGCCUGGCGUUGUCCAUGUGAUUGAUAUUGACAGGAGUGAGGACAAGAAGGGAAGAGAUCCAUCAAGUGAGGUGCUGUCUUCUGUAUGACUAGCAAGGAGCACUGAAAGCAGAGAGCAGCCUGCCAGCGAGUCCACAGAUAUCCUUCCACCUAUUAAAGAAACAGAUCUCCUCUAAACUGAGCAUCUACCAUUUCUUAAAAGGUGUGGUGAAGGCAGCUGUGUGGUACCAUCAACAAACCAUACAUCUGCUCAACUGGAAUAUUAGGACUUCAUUAUAAUUAGGAUUUCCCAUGAAUUAUUCCAAAUUAGGAGUUGUUCCUACUAUUUUCCUUCCUUUCUUUCUGGAACAACCCCAAAGUCAAAAAGAGAUGAAAGCAUUCUUCUUUAAUAAAUCAGUCAAUAAUGAGACGAAGAUAGAGAUGUUUAACAUUCAGAUUGACAGAUGAGACGUAUCAGGAAAUGCCUAUAGACAUGAAGACCUACUUAUCAGAUUGUUCUUCUGACACUUAAUUGACUGUUGUCAGCUUUGAUUAGAACAUCCUAUCCAUUAAGCAUUCUCUGUGAGGUUCAGGGACAGCACCAACAGUAUUUAAGAAUUUUAUCCAAAGUCAAGCGAAGGAGUAUUGUUUCCACUCACGUAUGUCACUACUACCUUGCAAACUACCUCUGAAAUAAAUUAUAUUUUAAUAGGCUCCAGAAAAAAUUCGAUCAACCCAUCAAAUUUCACUCAUAUGAUUUGCUGUAUAAAUGUAUUACCUUCAUCUCUUCCCAGGAGUAAAUAUGCUGAAAUUGAAUGUUGAAGUCUACCGUAAUAAGGCUAGAAAGUGUUUAACUGUACUUCAUGCUCACUUCUGACAUUGUCUAUCUGGUGAAACAUUCUCCUGGGGUUUGACUAUUGACCACUUCUUGUUAGCAGACUCUCAAGGUCAUGCAAAGAAUAUAAUGGCUUUCCUGUUACAUAAUAACUCAAAUAAGACCUAUCAGAAGAAAAGAAGGCAUAUCUGUUUUCAGUGCACUUGUUUAAAUACAGAUUUCCGUGCGAAUUUAUGUAAACUAAAAGUUUAAAUUACUUACCUACUUCCUUACAAGAUGGUUGGAGAUUUGGGGUUUAUAAUUUAUUAGUAAUGUAGAGAGUUUUUAAAUUUUAACUGUAUUGAAAUACUGAUGGAGAAGUAUUUUUUAUAACAGAGCAUAAAAAUAUGACUGCUUCUGCCUUUUUGUCGUAACUGAUGCCUAACUAGUUGAACAGGAUCCUCUCUUGUUCCACAGCUCAUCUAGUCUUAAUUACAUCUCCAGUAAAGGCUGCUUUAUUUGUUGUUAGGAAAAGAUGCAAAUGCUUGAAGGGUUUUUGAGGGAAGGGGACAUGAAAUCAGUAACCAGGCUUUCCCCCAUAUAAGUAUUUUGAUAGACAUAAUCAUCUCACCAGAACAUUUCUGUAAAGCUGUUACUUACUGCUUUUGCUUCUGAUCAGUGGCUUUGAGUUUUACAACAUGCAGCUGCCAAACAGUCAGGAGCAUUAUGUUAUUACUGUAAUUGUAUAGUUUUUAUUUUGAAAUUGAAAAGCUAUUCCUGCCUACUUAAGAAUAAGAGGGAAAAAAAGCAUUAGUCCUGGCUGUGGGCUGUAAUAGACUUGUCUCCUCUUUGUCGUGCUCUACAUGCAAUCUUUAUUACAGGGAAUUAGAUGCUUCUAGUGAGAUAAUAAACCACUGCUAAACUCAAAUCUGUGCACUGUGAUCCAAGGGCAAUUCUGCUAUUCCAACUCAUAGCACUGUAUAGCUCCAGCAUGUCCUGCUGUACUCAUUCUCCUACUUUCACACUUUUCUUGCCUUAAAAACCCUGUUAGGGAGUGGCACAAGCUCCCUGCGUCGAGCGCUAGAGUUGUGAUUCCUUGUGAUUCCUCCACCAUUUGCAUUUGGGCCCUGCUCCUGCCUCUGCUGUGCGGGCACAGCACAUGGCACACAUGGGCUUCCUGGGGUGACCCAGU